AUGGGCAAACUGGAUGGAAAAAUUGCUUUGAUCACCGGUGGCUCUGAAGGUAUUGGUUUGGCUACUGCUGAACAAUUCAUUGCGGAAGGAGUCGAACAUGUUUUCAUCACUGGACGUCGUCAGGAAGCAUUAGACGAAGCAGUGAAAAAAAUUAAUAGCAAAAACGUGUCUGCCGUACAAGCUGAUGCAUCCAAUUUGGCUGAUUUAGACAAGCUCUAUGACAUCAUCAAGAAACAGAAGGGGCGUCUGGAUAUCCUCUUCGCCAACGCCGGUAUUACCCACACUGGAUCGCUAGGCUCGAUCACUGACAAAGAUUUCGAUGCAGUAUUCAACGUCAACGUGAAAGGAGUAUUGUUCACCGUUCAAAAAGCUUUACCAAUCUUUGUCGAUGGUGGAUCGAUCAUUUUGACUGGAUCUGUCGCCUCCUGUAAGGGAAAUCCAGCUAUGAGCGUCUACAGUGCUACAAAAGCGGCUGUUCGCUCAUUUGCCCGUUGCUGGACGGUCGAUUUGAAAGAACGCAAGAUUCGAGUCAAUACAUUGAGUCCGGGACCAAUCGAUACUCCGUUGUUGAGAGGAGUUGGAAAUAAUGAAGAGGAAAACAAAAAGUUCAUCGAACGUCUCAAAUCCUCUACGGCGAUGGAUCGCGUUGGUACACCAGAUGAAGUUGCCAAAGCAGUCGUCUUUCUCGCUUCCGAUGAUAGCAGUUAUGUCACUGGUAUCGAACUUUUUGUCGAUGGGGGCAGAGCACAGAUCUGA